AUGCCAAGGAAAUUAUUUUUGUGGAUAUUUUUUUUGCUGGUCUCUUGUUACGGAAAUCUGAGCGAGACGCAUUUGCAGUUUUUAAAACGGUACUUUGUCUCGGCCAAUUCUGUGGCAAUAUCGAUGCUACAAACACACCACCAGGAAGUUAAAAUAAGGGACUUGGCAGAAGUUAUCUCGCGAAAAUUAAAUUCAAUUGGCACACCUGUCGUGGUUCACGAAAACCACAAAAGUGGUUCUUUAAACAUCAUCAUGAUCGUUUGGAGUCUCAAAAUACUUAGACAGUUUCUCGAUUCUUUGGUAGUACCUGAAGAGAAAGGUACUUACUAUAUAAUAAUCCUUGAGCAAGACUGUGCCACGGUGCAUUCAGAUUUUGCGCAAAUUUUGGAACAAUUUUGGUGUGAACACAACGUUUUGAACGUGGUCGUGCAAAACCCUUGUUCCGGCGGGACAUUUUACCUAUUUUUGCCCUUUGAACACAGGGAUAAUUUCUGGGGGAGUUGCAAAAGUUGGGACUUUAACGAGCAAAUGCCCAACAAGUUGCGAAACUUGAACCAGUUCCCCUUAAAAAUCUCCCUCUUCUUGUACAACCCAACUCUGAUCGCCAAGUUACCAAAAGGGCUCAAAACAAACCCCAGGUACCACAACCUGAGCGCAUCGAAAGGUUAUGGCGGCUUGGACGGUUUCCUUUUGAGAGAACUGGUCGAUUAUUUUAAUUUUGACCCAGUAAUUGUGGAAAAUUUGGAGGAGUAUGGACGGGUACUGCCCAAUGGUACCGCCUUUGGUUCGUUGGGCGAUGUGGUCAACCAGCGCGUGCACUUUAGCAUUAACAGCCGCUUCCUGAUGGAUUAUGGCACCAAGGAGAUCGAGUACACGUUCCCGUACAUUUCGGACGAGAUCUGCAUGUUGGUACCCAAGUCCCUUAAAGUACCAACGUGGAAGACGCUCCUCAAGUGCUUCAACACGCUGUCCUGGGUCCUGAUUUUCGUGUCGUGUCUUUGUAGUACCUUUGCCUGGUACUUUGUCGGGCCUUCGAAAAACUUGCACAAACUGAUUUGGCAGAUUUAUUGCUUCAUUGUGGGAAUUCCGCAAAAAAUUGAACCCUCGUUUAGUCAAUUUGUUUUUCUCUUGUCUUGCUUUUUUUUCAAUGUGACAAUUUUCGGGAUUAUUCAAGGGUCGUAUUUUACCGAAUUUGCAACGACCAGUUUUUACCCCGAUAUUGACACUCUUGAGGAGCUGUACGAGUCCAAUUUGCCAGUGGCCACCCACUUCUGGUUUCUUCUAGACGGUGAUACUUCUGAUCUAAUGACGAAACUCAAGACACACAAAAUUGAAGCCACAGGAGACUGUUUAGAGCAAACUGCGCGCCAGCGAAAUAUUGCCACUCUGGGGCGAAAAAGCGAAUCGGAUCUGAUAAUCAGAACUAAAUAUACGUCCAGAGAUGGUACUCCCUUGGUACACAUCGUUGAAGAGUGCCACACAUCGCUUUACCUUUGCGGGAUUGUGCCAAAAGGCUCACAUUUUUUGGCACCGUUCAACCAAAUAAUUACGCGGUUAUUUGAAGGCGGUUUCACCACCAAGUGGUACCGUGACGUCUUCGACGGUAUAAUAAGCGAGGAAAAACCACAACUGGAUGAAACCGUUAGUUUCAAUUCGUUAAAUAUGAACGACCUACAAACAGCGUUCCACAUACUAACCAUAGGGCACUUAUUUUCAAUUAUGGUACUUAUUGGCGAGGUUGUAAUAAAAGGGAAACACAAUAAAAAGUUACUUACGUAA